AUGGGCAGCACCCACCCUUGCCCCUGGCUGCGGCUUCUCCGACCUGGGCCCCAGCCGCGGCCCGCGCUGUGCGCUCUCCUGUUCUUCCUACUGCUGCUGGCUGCCGCCCUGCCCAGGUCUGCACCCAAUGACAUUCUGGGCCUCCGCCUUCCCCCGGAGCCCGUGCUCAACGCCAACACCGUGUGCCUGACAUUGCCGGGCCUGAGCAGGCGGCAGAUGGAGGUGUGUGUGCGCCACCCUGACGUGGCCGCCUCAGCCAUCCAGGGCAUCCAGAUUGCCAUCCACGAGUGUCAGCACCAGUUCCGGGACCAGCGCUGGAACUGCUCUAGUCUCGAGACUCGAAAUAAGAUCCCCUACGAGAGCCCCAUCUUCAGCAGAGGUUUCCGAGAGAGUGCCUUCGCGUACGCCAUCGCCGCAGCCGGCGUAGUGCACGCAGUGUCCAAUGCAUGCGCCCUGGGCAAACUGAGGGCAUGUGGCUGCGAUGCAUCCAGGCGCGGGGAUGAGGAGGCCUUCCGCCGGAAGCUGCACCGCCUGCAGCUGGACGCACUGCAGCGCGGUAAGGGCCUGAGCCAUGGGGUUCCGGAGCACCCAGCCCUGCCCCCUGCCAGCCCUGGCCUGCAGGACUCCUGGGAAUGGGGCGGCUGUAGCCCGGACGUGGGCUUUGGGGAGCGCUUCUCUAAGGACUUUCUGGAUUCCCGGGAGCCUCACAGAGACAUCCACGCACGCAUGAGGCUCCACAACAACCGAGUCGGGAGGCAGGCGGUGAUGGAGAACAUGCGGCGGAAGUGCAAGUGCCACGGCACGUCAGGCAGCUGCCAGCUCAAGACGUGCUGGCAGGUGACGCCGGAGUUCCGCGCCGUGGGGGCGCUGCUGCGCAACCGCUUCCACCGAGCCACACUGAUCCGGCCGCACAACCGCAACGGCGGCCAGCUAGAGGCCGGCCCCGCGGGGGCACCCUCUGCGGCCCCCGGCGUUCCCGGGCCACGCCGCCGGGCCAACCCCGCAGACCUGGUCUAUUUCGAGAAGUCGCCCGACUUCUGCGAGCGUGAGCCGCGCCUGGACUCGGCGGGCACCGUGGGCCGCCUGUGCAACAAGAGUAGCACAGGCCCCGACGGCUGCGGCAGCAUGUGCUGCGGUCGCGGCCACAACAUUCUGCGCCAGACGCGCAGCGAGCGCUGCCACUGCCGCUUCCACUGGUGCUGCUUCGUGGUCUGUGAGGAGUGCCGCAUCACCGAGUGGGUUAGCGUCUGCAAGUGA